AUGUCGUGGGACUGUGGUCUGAAGUACAUGUUCUCCGUGUCCCCUUCGUUGCAGCCGACCGGCAUGUGCAUUCUGCAUGAUAAAGAGGAGCUGUCCAGAUUGGAGAUGGUCCAGAGACUGGCCAAGGAUGGCUGCCGCUUCUUACAGAAUCACAGCAAAGGCCCUGGUAGAACAAAUGAGCCAGUCCAGAGUGACGAGGCACUACGCGUGCAGGAGCGGGGCCGCUGCGUUCUGGUUCUCCGGAGGAUGUCGUCACAGUCGGCAAGAGGAGGAGGGAAGCGGGAGGAGGAGCAGGCGGUGAGGAAGCGGAGGUACACCGUGGUGUCAGGGACCCCAGAGAAAAUCCUAGAUCACCUGCUGAAUGACCUCAGACUGGAGGAGGACAAGGCAGCCACACAGGUCAAAGACACAGACAACCUUUUGGAUGACUUUCUGCUGACCUACCCUGUGUUUAUGUCAACCAGCGAUUUAUGCCAAGCUCUUCUGGGACAUUAUUGCUGUAAGCGCUGCAGAGUGAAAGAAGACACGAAAGAGGCUCUGGAGAGAAAACAGAAAGUGGCACACCUGGUGUCGCAGUGGAUGUACCUCUGCGGGGAUUUCCUAAGGGAGGACGAGCAUGUCAAAGUGUUCAUGAAGACUUUGUACCGCUACAUGCUGGAUGACCUUUAUGAGCACCCAACCUUGGAGGGGGACGUGAGGGAGCUGCAGAAGCUCUACCAGCUGCAUUGCAGACACACUGUGGAGGAAUAUUCCCCGCAAAGAAAGAGCAAAACACUUCUCCAUCAAUUCAGUCUAAAAGAGAAUGGAAUCCUCUCCAGGAGCGCACACAGAAAGACCAAGGAAGUUUACUGUGUAUGUUCUUGUUUAGUGUCAUGUCAUGUGUAUAUCACGAUGGACUCCUACCUGAGCAUGAGAGUCCAUCCUGGGGUUGUGGCACAGGAGGUGUUACAAACAGUGGCUGAGAGGAUGGACUUUUCCCAGGAUGAACUUGUCCUGGUGGCCGUCACUUAUCCUGGAGGCAGACUUCUCCUGCAGCCACAUGACACACUUUUCUCCUCUUUCCUACGGCCGGUUGGAAGACUGCAUGUUUGUAAAAAGGACCUGGGUGAAGUCCUGAACCCGUUUACAGAAAACUCAAAACUACAACAGAGGGCUGCCCGCAUGCUUAGUUUAAACACAUGGGAUAUGGCUGUUGCUCUUAGCAACACUGACUGGACAAUAUUUCAUUCCAUUCACGAGCAAGAGUUGAUCUACUUCACGUUUAGGCGCAAUGCCAGCGGUGGCUACACAGCGGCGCUAGACUUGAUACUUCAACGCUGCAACGAGAUCCAACUGUGGGUGAUGACUGAAGUGCUGUUGUGCACGACGCUCUGUCAGAGAGUACAGCUGAUCAAGAAGUUCAUCAAGAUUGCCUCCCACUGCAAAGCACAGAGGAACCUCCACUGUUUCUUUGCUAUUAUAAUGGGCUUGAACACUGCUGCGGUCAGUCGCCUCAAUCAGACUUGGGAGAAAAUUCCUGGGAAAUUUAAAAAGCUGUUUUCCGAGCUGGAGAGCAUCACAGAUCCCUCACUGAACCAUAAGGCCUACAGAGACAUUUUCAAGAAGAUGAAGGCACCAAAGAUCCCCUUUCUUCCUUUGUUACUUAAAGAUAUCACAUUCAUUCAUGAAGGCAACAAAACAUUUCAUGAUAAUUUGGUAAAUUUCGAAAAACUGCAUAUGAUAGCAGACACAGUGCGCCUCAUCAGACAGUGUCAAAAGGAUCAUUUAGGAAAUGGCAUAAGACCAAAGAGCAGUGCAGAAGUGCGAGCUUACAUGGAUAACCUUCAUAUAAUUGACAAUCAGCAGACCCUGUUUGAACUGUCUCACAGACUGGAGCCUCGGACUUGA